AGCUGCUCUGGCCUUAGAAGUGAGGAGCGGAGUGGCAGCUGGCAAGAUGGCAGCAGAUGAAGGUGCACAGGACACCUUACGUCUCCAGUUCAAGGCCAUGCAGGAGAUGCAGCACAAAAGGUUACAGAAGCAGAUGGAGAAACAGAAGGAAAAGGAACUGAGCCUCGAAAUCAAUGUCGAUGACCAAAAAGAGCCCUUGGAGAUUUCCGAUGGCCUCAGUCUUCUCCAACCUGGGGAUCAAAACUUGAAAAACAGCUUUGAGCAGAGGAUGCUUGAAGAUGAGAUUGCACACCUUCGAGAGCAGCUCAGGGAGACGGUGGAUGAAAAUGGGCGAUUGUACAAGCUGCUGAAGGAAAGGGACUUUGAAAUCAAACAUCUCAAAAAGAAAAUAGAAGAGGACAGAUUUGCCUUCACAGGCACAGCCGGUGUGACCGGGGAUGUGAUUGCCACCAAAAUCGUCGAGCUGUCCAAAAAGAACCGGGUGCUGACGGCAGAGUCAGAGGGCGCGAAAAGCAGAGUGAAGCAGCUGAGCAAUCGCGUGCAGGAGCUGGAGCGGGAACUGCAGGCGGCCCUGGCCAGGCUACCAGCCAAGGUGACCACCGAUGCGGGAGCCAAAGUGUCGAGGGCUCAGAUGGGAGACAGAGCCUUGCCAGAGGCCCCAGAGGUGAAGGUCUUGCAGGACAGGCUGACAGCCACAAACCUGAAGAUGAGUGACCUCCGCAACCAGAUCCAGUCUGUGAAGCAGGAGCUCCGGAUGGCCCAGAAGGUUUUGACCAGUGAGGUUGGGGAAGAUGUGAAUGUCCAGCAGCUCCUGUCCUCCCCGGGGACCUGGAGGGGCCGGGCUCAACAAAUUCUCGUGUUGCAAAGCAAGGUUCGCGAGCUUGAGAAGCAGCUGGGACAGACCCGAAGCCAGUCUGCAGGAACAUCCCGUGACAAGCCGCCUGUCGGUCCAGACCCAAGGAAGCUGUCGGCACAGGAGAAAAACCUGCUGAGGAUCCGCAGCCUGGAAAGGGAAAAACAGGAGGGCUGGGAGAAACUUGUGGGUGAGCGGGAUGCCCUCCAGAGAGAGCUUGAAGAACUGAAAAAGAAGUUGGAGGGCGUGAAGUCCCGGAAUAAGGUGCUGUCAAGUGAGGUGAAAACCCUCAGGAGCCAGAUGGGGACCCUGGUGGAGAAAGGCCGGCAUGACGACGAGCUCAUCGACGCCCUCAUGGACCAGCUGAAGCAGCUCCAGGAGAUUCUGGGCAGCCUGAGUCUGCAGGAGGAGAAGACCCGGGCGUCGCAGCGCCACCUGGACCAGCGGGUCAACAGUGAGGCUCAGCAGAGCAGCAGCCUCAUCACCCAGCUGCGGGCCAUGGUGGCUGAGCGGGAGGCCAAGGUACAGCAGCUGGAGUUGGAGAUUGGCCAACUCAGUGUGCAGUAUCUUCAGAAUAAAGAAGUGGGCAAGGGGUCCAGUGGGACUGAGGUCAGCCCCGCCUACACCAAGUUCCUGGAGGACCCUGGCCAGCCCAAGUCUCCGGCCUCAGCAGGCGAUCACGUUGGCACGCUUGGAUCUUCUCGCUCCGUGACCAGCCUGGGCCACACGCUGGUGGAAUCUGCUCUCACGUGGCCUUCUCUGCCCGGUCCUCAUGGGGCCUCACCCAGGUUCUCAGACUCCCCCGAACAGAAAGGCUGGCAGGCACAGGUGACAGAGUUCAAGGCCCUCUGGCAGGCCGCUGAAGUGGAGCGUGACCGGCUUACCGAGUUUGUCACUGUCCUGCAGAAACGGGUGGAGGAGAGCAACAGCAAGCUUCUGGAAUCAGAGAAGAAGCUGCAGGAGGAGCGGCAACGCAGCGUGGUGCUGGAGCAACAUCUGGAGAAGAUGCGCCUGGAGCCUGGGAGGCCGUCAGUCAGUCAGAGAGCAGCCCCCAGGAGCAAAACAGGUCUGCCCACCUCCAGCACCAGGCACAACCCGAACGGGAGUGAAAGGAAGGACCCAUCCUUCACCCAGCUCUCCAAUGUGCCCAUGGAAUCACAGAUGGAGGAGCUGACCACCAGGCUGGCCAUCCAGGUGGAGGAAAACGAGAUGCUGAAGGCUGCCCUGGGCAGUGCCCUGCGUGGGAAGGAGGAGGAUUUCCGAAUGUACCACGAGACCCUGGGCCAGGUGAAAGGGGUCUUUCUGCAGGCCCUGCGGCAGCAGAAGGUGGACACUACUAGGAUGGUGGCCCGGUGUCAGCCUGGCGGGACGGGGCAGCCUUAG